AACGCCCCUUGGCUUAUGAGACUGAGCCGAGAAGCAUCCUUCGCUUCAAUGGAUUUGCGUAAAUGGGCUUGGAGUGUGUGCGCAGUGGCUGGCUUGCUGCUCACGCUGACUGAACAUUCUAGGAGUGAAAUGACCUGGGAGGCGCCUCGCUUCGACGGCUGGUACAACAGUUUGGGUUAUCCCAGACGAGGAGCUGUUGGUUCUCACCUGGUGCGCCUCGUGCCCGCGCACUACUGGGACGGAGUUUACCGAGCUGUCCACGAGCCGCUGCAGCCGAACCCCCGCCGGCUGAGUAGGGUUCUGGCUGCAGGACACUCCGGUCUGCCCUCAGCGCGCAACCAGACCGUCCUCUCUCUCGUCUUUGGUUAUCACCUUACAUUUGAAAUUGUCGACUCAAGACAUCCUGGUUGUCCACCUGAGUUCAUGAAUAUCCAAGUCCCAAAAGGAGAUCCUGUCUUUGAUCCCACUGGCACCGGGAAAGUCCUGCUGCCUUUCCAGAGAGGACAAUGGGACAAAGAAUCUGGGCAGAGUCCCAGCAACCCUCGCACACAGGUGAACUCUGUGACGGCAUGGAUUGAUGGGAGCUCCAUCUAUGGUCCAUCUUCUUCUUGGUCAGACUCCCUGAGGAACUUCUCUGGAGGACUCUUGUCUUCAGGGUCUGAGUGGAACAUGCCUAAUCAGGGAGGGGGCCGUAAUUUCAUGUGGAGUGCUGCUGAUCCAUCCACAGGAGAACAUGGACCACAAGGCCUUUAUGAGUUGGGAAACGCCUGGGCCAAUGAGAACAUGUUCACGGCAGCAGAGGGAAUUAUCUGGUUUCGCUACCACAAUUAUGUUGCCUCCAAACUACACAAGGAACACCCAGAGUGGUCAGAUGAGAAGCUGUUUCAACAUGCCAGGAAGACCGUUGUGGCUACGUUCCAGAAUAUUGCCCUUUAUGAAUGGUUGCCAGGUUACCUCAGAGGGAAAAAACUUCCUCCAUACCCGGGCUACCAGAAGUUUGUUGAUCCAGGGAUCUCACCUGAGUUUCAGGCUGCAGCCAUAAGAUUUGGUGUCACCAUGGCCCCCCCUGGUGUUUACAUGAGAAACAAAACAUGCCAUUUUCAGACGAUUAUGAACAUGGAUGGAAGUACAUCACCAGCCCUGCGCCUUUGUAACAGUUUCUGGAAGCGGCAGAGCAACAAUGUGAAAACAAGCCAGGAUGUGGAUAAUCUCUUGAUGGGCAUGGCAUCUCAGAUUGCAGAGAGAGAAGACAAUAUCGUUGUGGAGGACCUGAGAGAUUUCAUGUAUGGGCCGCAAAGAUUCACCCGCACAGACCUGGUGGCUCUGACCAUCCAGAGAGGGCGUGACUUUGGUCUGCAGAGUUACAUCCACGUGAGAAACGCUCUGGAUUUGCCUCCUGUAAAGACAUUUGAAGAAAUCAACCCAGAACUCAACAGAAACAACCCACAGUUGCUCCUUGAUGUUGCAGAGCUGUAUGACAGAGACAUCUCUAAACUGGAGCUGUUCCCAGGAGGACUGCUGGAGUCCACAGAUGGUCCAGGUCCAGUUUUCUCUGCCAUAAUCCUGGACCAGUUUGAACGCAUCAGAAACGGAGACCGCUUCUGGUUUGAGAACAAACAGAAUGGUUUGUUCACAGACGAGGAGAUCCAGAUGAUCCGUAGAGUCACUUAUCACGAUGUUCUGAUCGCAGUCACAGCUGCAGAGGCCACGGAUAUUCAAAAAAAUGUUUUCUUUUGGAGGGAUGGUGACCCCUGUCCUCAGCCCACACAGCUGACUACAUCUGUGCUGCAGCCCUGCACCAACGCCACUAAACUUAAUUACUUUAAUGGGAGCCAAGCUGCAUUUGGGAUAUUUAUCACAGCCAUGAUGCUCUUUCCUCUCGUGAGUUAUCUGGUGGCCUGUAUGGUGGCGUAUCUGAGGAAGUACAGGUACAGGAAGUUCCAGAGAAGAAAAGGAAAAGCUGCUGGCAGAGCAGAGGAACCGGCUGUGGGAAUUACCGCGUAUGAGUGGCAAGGCCAUAAAAAACAGCUUCUCCCAGUGAGCGUGGAGGUCAAAAAGAAGCAGCUGCAGGUUUUUGACAGAUCUGGGUCUUCUCACCGCAUCCUCAAUCUGGGUAACCAGGACUACCUCGAUGUCCUUCUCUCCAAUGACUGUCAUCAUAAAGCUCUGAUACUAAAAGUGCCAAAAGAGUACGACCUGGUGCUGCUUUUUGAUGACGAGAGCAAACGCACAGAAUUUGUCGGGUGCUUACGCCUGGAGGUGGCAGACAUCAGGCAGGAGAUUAGAGUGAAGGAGAUGAGUGAGAAGACGCUGCUGAAGGAGGCUCUAACCAAGGAGGAAAGAGCUCAGAUUGUGGAAACGUUCAUUCGACACGCUUUCUCUAAGGUGUUGGAGAUAGAGAAGUGUGACGCUGGCGAUAUGGGUGGCAUUUCUCGUAAGCGAGCCAGAGAGGUUCUGCAGUGCGAGCUGACAGCAUCAGAGUUCGCUGACGCACUCGGCCUCAAGCCCGACUCCUUAUUUGUGGACUCCAUGUUCACCCUGGCUGAUAAAGAUGGGAACGGUUACCUCUCCUUUCAAGAGUUUCUUGACGUUAUAGUAAUCUUCAUGAAAGGGUCUUCUGAGGAAAAAUCCCAGCUGAUGUUCUCCAUGAAUGACAUUGGUGGAACUGGUUAUUUAUCAAAAGAAGAGUUUGCCAGGAUGCUCAGGUCUUUUAUUGAAAUCUCCAACGGCGCGCUGUCAAAGAAGCAGGCAGAGGACGGCAUCAAGGCCAUGAUGGAGGCUGCAGGCUUCAACAACAAGGAGAAAGUCUCAUGGGCCGACUUUCACUUCCUCCUGAAGGACCACGAGAAGGAGUUGCAGUUCGCUCAGCUGAAUGUUAAAGGGAUGGAGAAGCAGGAGAAGAGACGUCUGAAUCGAGACCAGCGGGUGUCCUUCAUCUGUCCAGCAAGCAGCACAAACAAAACAGAAGGACCCGAGUUACGAAGGAGGAAAAAGCUGAUGGAAACCAAGACUCCAAAUGUCUACGUGAAGCCUAAACGUGAGCGGUACAUCAGGAACCCAUUACAGCAGAAAAUCCAGCAGUUCAAACGCUUUGUUGAGAACUACCGCCGCCACAUCAUGUGUUUGAUGGUCGUGUACGGCAUCACAGCCGGUGUGAUAACUGAGAGAUGUUACUACUAUGCUGUGCAAGCUAAAGCCACAGGGAUGCCUGAGACAUCAGCAGUGGGAAUCAUCUUUGCUCGUGGCUCGGCGGCCGGCGUCUCCUUCCUGUUUCCCUACAUGCUUCUCACCGUGUGCCGUAACCUCAUCACGCUGUGUCGAGAGACGUUCCUCAGCCGGUACAUCCCCUUUGAUGCUGCCAUCGACUGCCACCGCUUCAUGGCCAUGACUGCCAUCAUCCUCUCAGUUGUCCACACUUUGGCCCAUGUAGUAAACAUCUACAUAUUUUCCAUCAGCGACCUCAACAUUCUCUCCUGUCUGUUUCCCAAAAUCUUACCUAACAAUGGGUCUGAAGUUCCUCCCAGGUGGUACUGGUGGUUCUUCCAGACGGUUCCAGGAACCACUGGUGUCUUUCUCCUCUUUACAUUUGCAUUCAUGUAUGUUUUUGCCUCUCGGUAUUUCCGUCACAUCAGUUUUCGUGGGUUUUGGAUCACUCAUUACCUCUAUGUUGUUGUCUACAUUCUGAUAGUUAUACAUGGCAGCUUUGCUCUGCUCCAAGAACCUCGUUUCCACAUCUACCUGAUCCCUCCUGCUCUGAUCUUCCUGCUGGAUAAACUGAUCAGCCUGAGCAGGAAGAACGUGGAAAUCCCUGUUGUCAGAGCUGAGCUUCUUCCUUCUGGUGUUACACAUCUGGAAUUCAAGCGACCUCAGGGUUUCAUGUACCGUUCGGGUCAGUGGGUUCGGGUAGCGUGCCUGAUGCUGGGAACAGAUGAGUACCAUCCAUUCACACUAACAUCAGCACCUCAUGAAGAGACCCUCAGCCUGCACAUUCGAGCUGUAGGACCCUGGACCAGUCAACUCAGAGAACUUUACACUGAAGAAAACCUUCUUGAGCUUGGAGCUUAUCCAAAGCUUUACCUGGAUGGGCCGUUUGGUGAGGGCCAUCAGGAGUGGAUCGACUAUGAGGUGUCCGUUCUGGUCGGGGGAGGAAUAGGCGUCACACCGUUCACUUCCAUCCUCAAAGACCUGGUGUUCAAAUCCUCCAUCAAAUCCAAGAUUAUGUGUAAAAAAGUAUAUUUCAUCUGGGUGACUCGGACACAGCGUCAGUUUGAGUGGGUUUCAGACAUCCUCAGGGAGGUGGAGGAGAUGGACACUCAGGAACUGGUCUCGGUUCACACUUACAUCACUCAGGUGGCUGAAAAGUUUGACCUGCGCACAACCAUGCUGUACGUGUGUGAGCGCCACUUUCAGAAGGUGUGGAGCCGCAGCCUCUUCACUGGCCUGCGAUCCGUCACUCAUUUUGGCAGACCGCCCUUCGUUUCCUUUUUUAGUUCUCUGCAGGAGGUUCACACGGAGGUUGGGAAAAUUGGUGUUUUCAGCUGUGGACCACCUGGACUGACCAAGAACGUGGAGAAAGCUUGUCAGCACAUGAAUAAAAGGGACCAGGCUCGUUUUAUACAUCACUAUGAGAAUUUCUGACCUUUUCUAAACUUUACAGCAAAGCUACAUGUAGUGAGAACAAAAUCAUGGAGCCAGUUUAGCAGGGUUAGUUUUUUUAGGUUAUUUUUUCUUAGUUGCUGACAUAAUUGUUACUUUGAUUGAAUAAACACACUUGACACUUUAAUCUGGUAAACCUGUAGUUACAAUGAAUAGUUGGUCACAGAUUAAGUCAGAAAAAAGUCAAGUAUAAGUUUAUAAUUUAGUUUAUGAAUUCAUAAUUUCAGUGGGCUUGAUGUGCAUGUGUUUAAAUAUGCACUCAAUUAAAUGUUAAUCUUUGUCACUCGAGUGAGUAAAUCUAAAUGUAGCUACGCUUUUGUUUUUAGGACAUUUGAUUGUGAAGUUUUCUGAAUAAUUCUCCAGAUGCUGCUCAUAUUUGGACUAAAAUGACUUUAAAUCUUCUAAACUUGUCGAAAUUUCAGCUCAAAUCAAAUAUGGACUUUUAUUUUGUUUGAUUUUGUCUUUUUUUCUUUAUGUGUUAUUUUAGUUUGCUAAUGAUAUGAAGGCUUUGCAGUCUUCAUCCAUCCUUUUCAAAGCGUUAUUUACAUGAAUGUGUUAUUAAAAGUUUGCCUAAAGUAAAAUCUCCUCUGACAACUUAGUUUGCUUAUUAAAUGAAUGUCAGAUUAAUAAAGGUGGGUGUAUUUAUUCGCAUUUGAAUAAAUUAACCAGGAAGUCACAACCAAAAU